AUGUCUGAUGUUAGUGAGGAUUUCAAGUUCACAUUGAAAGUGAUGAUCAAUAAGGAGAAAACUAAGGUGCUCUUUGCAGAAUCCGACAGCCAUUUUGUCGACGUUUUGUUGAGCUUCAUGACUCUGCCGCUGGGAAGAGUUAUCAAAGUCCUCAACAACCACUACGGCGAGAAGGCACCCUCCAUUGGAAGCCUAAGCCAUUUGUACCGUACCUUGGAACAUUUUGACAACGCUCAGUUCGUGACACAGGAUGCUAAGGAGUUUCUGCUUAAUCCAAGAAGUUCUUUUGAAGAUGAAUAUAAAAUGCUGAAACUAGAUUUUAUUGAUUCUCAGUCGUCUCGUCAGUAUUUCUGUUGCUUCAACUGCCGUCAUGUGUCUCAUAGUGUAAGCAUAUACUAUGAUCAACCCCGUUGCCAAAAAUGCUUAUAUUUGUUUAUUAAGGAGUUAGAUGUAGCUGAAGCUUCUUCUAAAGGAGUUUUUAUCUCAGACAAAGCAUCUUUCAUAAUUUCCGAUGAUCUGCAAAUAUUUCAUAGUGCUACAGGUCUCUUUCGAAUCAUCAGUAUUCUUGGCAUUCACGGCAUAGAUGAAGCUCAUGCGAUUGAUGUGACAAUAGGAUUGGAUGAGAUAUUGAGUUUGCUGAAGCUAUCCAUCAUCUCUCCAACACCAUUGUCGGACCUCAUACUGAACAAAGCAAGUUUGGUUCUUGAUUCGGAGCCAAAGGCAUUAGUUAAUCAUAACGAGAUCCGAGAAAAUCCAGAGUCUACAAAGAUGGUUUUGAAACUGGCUGUACAAAAGUCUAAAAGUAAGGUAUUGCAUGCUCAAGCUGGGGAAGAUUUUGUUGAGUUUCUCUUUAGUUUCUUCAAUAUUCCGUUGGGCGGCCUUGGUAACCUUUUUGCCGGAAAGACUUAUUUUAUGGCUAUAGACAACUUGCAACGGAGCAUAGCAGAACUUAUUGAAGAUAAGUAUUUCAAGAGCCCGGAUAUGAAAAAGAAGCUAAUGAAACCUAAUCUGGUUCAUGGUUGUGUUUCUGAAAAAUACAUUCUUCCCAUUAGUCAAGAAUGUAUGACUGCUGAUAAAAGCAAUAAUAUCAAAUUUCUUUGUUCCUAUAAGUUUCCCAAAGGGCAGGGGAAAUACCUUUAUGGACCAAUAGCUUAUCUGGUCAUGGAUGAUUUAACUGUGACUCCUUUUAGUAUUCAUUCGGUCAUUUCUAAUCUCCAUGAGAAGGUUAUCCCUAUGUCUGAUGUCGAAGAAAUGGAGCUUCAAGUCGGAUUGAAAGAGGCUAUAAGGAUACUGAAAGCGUCUCUUACAUCCACUUCUGCUCUCACUGAUGCUCUGCUCAAUUCCAUUACGAUCAAACAUCCAAAGAGAAGCCUGAACAUGCGCGAUGCUACUGAAUAA